UUGGCCCGCGCCAGCCGGUUAGAAUUUCCGAGACAAGAAAGCGCAUAUGUCUCUGACAACCUGAUCCACCAAUCGAACUCGUACCUUGCUUUCUCUUCCUCUCGCUGGCGGCGGCGGCGGCAUCGAUGUCCAGCGGAGACGAAUCGGAGACGGAAAUGAGCCACCUUCCCCCUCAACUCCUCCGAGUGACGGCGUGGACUCGGCCAUGUCUACCGCCAGCAUUGAGGACGACGACCAUCAGGCUGUCAGCGACGACGAAGAGGAGGAUGAAGACCUAGAGAAAUACCAACCUUUUACCGUUGAUGAUUUCCCAAGGGUUAGUAGUGAUUUUGAUGAGCAAUCUGAUGCUGUGUUCCAAAAUCCUGAUAUUCAACUUCGAGGCCCUUCGGCAAUGUUUCUUUUCCGGGCAUUCAACGAUCCCCUUAUUGAAAAACACAAGCAUUUCUUCGGUAGCCAAUAUCAACUCUAUGAUGAGUCUGAAGUCAAUGUGAACAACAAUGUUAGGGCCAUUGAUUGCUCACACGGUUGCCAUUGUGUACCGAGCGGCGUGCUGCAGUUCAUUGAUCUCAAAAUUGCUGGUUAUCGCCACGUCCAACCUGGAUGUGCCGAUAUAUUUGGUUUUUUCGCAGUACGUGAGAAUGCUGAACCUUUGCGCAACUAUGUGUACAGGCGUGGGAUUGACAAUUAUGAAGCUGUAAAUGUGAAGCGGGAUACGGGCAUUGCACAUUUAUCGCUGACUAGCCCUGCUCGAUGUAUUCACAUGAGAAGCCGUGUGUUGUUUGAAUUCAAGCUUUCUGUACGGACUGAUGACCAGCCAGAAGAUGGGCCAAAAGAUGACAUUCUGAUUGAAGGAUGUACCGAGUUUACUGAGUUCAUGAACAUGUACAAAACAGGACCAUUCAUCGAAACUCGGCGUCUGUACGGGGAGAAGUGUGGAUUGGAUAUGAAGUUUCUGGUGUUGAGGAAUGCAGUUCAAGCAAAGGUUGAUGUUGAGAUACUUCGUGCUCCUGUUGAUGGCCUUAAUCUGAAUCUUUAUGCGAAGACCAGUGGCUUCAGAGAUGUGAUCCGCCUCUUUUCUGGAGUUACAGAAUCAGGUUGCAGAAUGAGUUCGGUCGUAGGAGUGAUGAGAUACAGUUACCUUAUUCUUUGUAUCUCGCUGUAUUUUUCUGGAUGCCAGCUUCAGGCUUUUCACCUAGUCUCUAACUCUAAAGUCUUUGUAUUUGUUCCUCUCCUGAUUAAUCAAUGAAAUGCGGCUCUAGAGCCAUCUUUUCAUCAAAAAAAAAAAUUCUUUGUAUUGAAGGAUCCCCGAAAGAUGGUGUUUUUUCUCAAGAGCUGCCGUGUUGUAUGUGGGAAGGUCGAUUUGGUUCGGGGUAUCAUGGAACAGU